AAAACGAGUCAACUCACCGGUUCGAAUUACCGAGUCAAGUAGAAAACACACAGAUUUUACUCGCACCAGCUUUAUUAAGGUCAAGUUGUGUAUUUUUUUUCCUUUCUUCAAAACAAGAGAGAGUGAGAAAGAGAAAGACCCUCUGACCAAAAUCGAAACUUAAACUUGGUUUCAGAUCUGAAAAAAGGCCCUCUCUUCCACAGCCUUGUUCUCUCGUCCACUGUUCAACUAAACAGCCAGGACUAAGCAAAGCUGAUCCCUUCUUUUUAGCUUUCACUUACAAAGACCUUUCAAGUACUCUUUUGAACAUGGAUUCAGCACACAGUGAGGUCAACAAACGUGCUAGAUUGUUUGAGAGCCAUGAAAACAAAGACUCCAAGGUGAUUCAUUCAAUGAUCCCUGAAUCUACCACACCCCUUAAUAAAGGGUAUGACGGUUCUACGACCACCCAAAGCUUGUUCGCUGAAUCAAAACCUGAAGCUACGCCGAAAGUACUUAAGAAGAGAGGAAGGAAGAAGAAGAAUCCUAACCCUGAGGAAGUAAACUCGUCUACUCCACGUGGAGAUGACUCAGAGAACCGCUCAAAGUUCUACGAGAGUGCUUCUGCUAGAAUGAGAACUGUAACUGCAGAGGAAAGAGAGAGAGCCAUCACUGCAGCCAAAACCUACGAACCAACCAACCCUUUCUUUAGAGUUGUUCUGCGACCAUCAUAUCUGUACAGAGGCUGCAUCAUGUACUUGCCUUCUGGAUUUGCUGAGAAGUACUUGAGUGGGAUAUCUGGUUUCAUCAAGAUCCAGCUAGGGGAGAAGCAAUGGCCAGUGAGGUGUCUUUACAAAGCAGGGAGAGCUAAGUUUAGCCAAGGAUGGUAUGAGUUCACACUUGAGAACAACAUAGGCGAAGGAGAUGUUUGUGUGUUUGAGCUUCUCAGUUCUCGUGACUUCGUUCUGAAAGUCACCGCCUUUCGCGUCAAUCAGUACGUGUGAGAAAUGUUGCUGUCAAAGUCCAAAAUUUCAUGUAGUGUCUUUUAACUAUUUGAUCUCUCUUGCAUUUCUUGGAGAAUAAGUUCUGGUUCUCUAGGGUUUUUAGUUGUGUUCUGAGUGAAAUUUCAGGUUCCUAUGUUUGCCGUGUGAUUAAGUAUUAAAACUCUUUGUUUGAGUGGUAGUUAGUGUCAAAAGUAGAGAUGUAAUUACUUCUAUGUUCAUCAAUUUGGCUGGCUGGUGAGUAAACCAGGGGAACAAUGUUUAUGUGGAUGUUGAUUAUGUUGUGGUUAAACCGUUAAAGGGUCUUGGUUUGGUUCUUGUUUCACCAUUGACUUUUUCGGUGAAGCUGAUGAUAUGAUUUGCGUAGGAAUAGAAUGUAGGAUGAUGAUAAUAC